AUGGCCAGAACUGGGAUAAAAAACGUAAAGCCAUUGUUGCUUAUCAGGCCAUUCGCCAUGCUGCAGAGGCAAGAAGUUGUACGUUGCAUUAGCACGUCGAAUCACCGAGAAAACAGAAGAGAAGUGAUUUCCAAGAAACGCGAGGAAGACGAGGAAUGCUGGAUGCCUGAUCCACGCACGGGAAUAUAUUACCCGAAAGGCCAUGAAGGGGUGAUGGAUGAUAUUCCAAGCAAUGCAGCAACCUUUGAAAAGGUUUUCUGGUUUAGGAACCAGGAUGGAGUUGACAAACCAGAUCCUAUAGAUAAUUAA